AAAAUAUAAUCCCUAUAAAUACCCAAUCAAAAUCCCCAAUUUCUUCCCCAAAUUCAAAAAUGAAAUCCAUUAAUUCCCUCUCCUUCUCAACCCCCUCCUCCCUCUUCUCCCCCGCCCCCCACCCCCACGGUCGCCGUAAACCACUCCCCGCCGUUACCGUAAGAGCGUCGCGAGAACAAGCUGCUGACAACAACAAUAACAAUAACAAUAAUUACAACGAUUACUACGCGGGUGGGAAAGUAGUCGACGAGAGUAUGAUCGUGCUCCGGAAACGGAUUCAUGAGAUCAAGAUGGCGGAGCAGAGGCAAGAACCGCCGGCGGAUUGGCUGGAUUGGGAGAAACGGUAUUAUUCCGACUACGAUUCCCAUAUCUGUGAAGCUUUAGGGUAUCUUCAAUCUCAUUUGAUGAAUACUCGGCCUAGUGUGGCUUUGGGAAUGCUUCUGCUUAUUAUUGUUAGCGUUCCGCUCUCCUCUGCUCUUCUUCUUCACCGAUUCUUCCACAUCGCCGUCGCUCUUCUCGCCGGUUUCUCUCCAGCUUCUUGAUACCGGACCACCACAGUUUAGUUACGUGAUUGAUCCGCUACGCCGUCGUUUUCUUUAUUGUAACUUUUUCUUUUUGUUUUUAUAAGGACUUUUUGGUCUUUGUACAGCUUACAUCUCAUUGUCUGUUUCGCUUUCUGUUAUUUUAUGUAAACGGUCAAGUUUUUCA